AUGGUGUCCUUCCCUUCCGCCGCGUGGUGGGUUUCGCGUGCGGUUGCAGGCCAUGCUUUCACCUCGCACUGGUCUGCCGUUGGGAACUCCGGCCCCUGUGGGUGCUCCCGAUGCUGGGGCCGCCGGAGGUUUUGCGGGCGACCCUGCACAAGCCCACCCCGUACAGCAACAACAGCAGCAGACAUUGACCACCAGCCCUCUGCCGGAAACGCAGGUGACAAUGCCCGUAGUGAGUACGUUCUGGCUGUGUUAAAGGCGAAGCUGGAGGCAGUGCAGACGGAGGGAAAGACGCUUGAAGACGUGGAGGAGGAGGUGGCGAGGUGGUGCGCCGGUGAAGGGGCGAUCCUUUCUACCGCGAAAUCGACGAGGUGUCGCGACGGCGCAACGGAUCGUGUGGGCAUGAGGAAGCUGAUUUGUAGCCGAGGCGGGAAGAGCCGGCAACUGGAGUACGAAGCCAGUCUAGACACCGCACCUGGGGUACUACGGCGGAACGUAAAGGGAAGCGCGAGAACUGGUUGUCCGUUUGAGGUUAGCGUCCGGCACGCGAAGUCCCACAGGUGGCCCAAGAUUAGCAACAUGAAGCUCAAGCACAACCACAGCGUCGACCGUAACGCCAUCGAUGUCCAGGUCAUGGGAUGAAGCCAAAAGAGGUGACAAAAGCAAUGAAGGCGUUGCACGAGGACGGCGACAUCGACAUCAACAAGCGCGCGGUGCAGAACGCGGCUGCCACUGUGCACGGGGCGGAGAAGCCGAGAGAUGCCGCCGAUGCGUACGAAGAGGUGUGUUCAUGUGUCCGUUGAGAGUGUUGCCUCUUUUGUUUGUGUGUGGGAUGUUGGGUUUUGCUCAAGGCGGUAACCGGGCGACGAGACACACACGAUCGCAGGUGACAACCGGGAGAAUAUAUACCCCAUGACACCAAACCAAGAAAUGUUGGCGGUAAAAAAAUUGUGGCGUGCCGUCGUCGUGGCUUUGCGCUGAUCCCCUCGAUGUUUCCGGGCGCUUAACAUGUUGCAAUU